AUGGCACGUACGAAGCAAACCGCACGAAAAUCAACCGGUGGAAAAGCUCCACGAAAACAGCUCGCCACAAAGGCAGCUCGUAAGAGCGCUCCUGCCACUGGUGGAGUCAAGAAACCUCAUCGUUACAGACCUGGUACAGUCGCUCUUCGUGAGAUCCGUCGUUAUCAGAAAUCCACCGAGCUGUUGAUCCGCAAGCUGCCCUUCCAGCGUCUUGUGCGAGAAAUUGCUCAAGACUUCAAGACUGAUCUGCGUUUCCAAAGCUCGGCUGUGAUGGCUCUCCAGGAAGCUAGCGAGGCUUACCUUGUGGGUCUGUUUGAAGACACCAACUUGUGCGCCAUCCACGCCAAGCGUGUCACCAUUAUGCCCAAGGACAUUCAGUUGGCCCGCCGAAUCCGCGGAGAGAGAGCAUAAGUUGACUUCACUUCGAAUUACAAACGGCUCCUUUAGGAGCCACCACAUAAAUAAAAGCAAUGACUAAACUAUGAGCCCCUCAAUAACCAACUUAACAGCCUUAAGCUGGAAAUAAGAAAUCAGAAAUUAAACCUUACGAAAUUGUCUUACUUAAAGCGCUCUGAGUGGCAACUCCGAACUGCAUAGAAAUCCUAGUUGUUCUACCUAAAUCCAUUCAUACGAAAACACUUCAUUUUUAUCUCCAAGAUAAGUCAAACAUAUCCUUUUUUCGACCGUUUAUCAUUUGCAUGUUAUAUCUAUCUCCUAGACGUGUAUUUUUUUUGGCGCUAAUAUUAUGUAAAUCAUCAGCGCCCCCUGGUAAGUCUUCGUUACUCCCAUGGGCUCUUUAAGUAAAAAAACCUGACGCAUUUUUCAAGAGUUAUCAAUUCGCAAUAAAAGACAAUUUUACUUCAUUCACCAAAUUAAGCAUACUUCUUAUCGAGGUUGUGCAUAAAGUGGCGAACGUUGUUGCUUCAAUCCUGUUUGUAUCGUAAAACAGGUUUUGUCGUUCAAAAUUAGAUGCCGGUCUGUCUUUGAAUUUACAUCGAAAGACUAUUUAUACAUAGGCCUAACUUAGGACUCUGUCUUUCUGACCGUAACUAUAUGAUGUUUGUAAACUUGAAGUUUCCCUUCUGGGGUGCUUGGUUUGUCCGGAAGCCCAGAGCCACUACCUAGAGCCAAAGAAGAUCGUAAAAGUGACUCUCUAUCGAUCGACAAUAGAAUAUACUAGAUACUAGCAAACAGUAUGCUAUUUCGCGUAGUUCUGAACUUCACAGCACAACGUAUAGGAGACCUAUUGCAGCAUUUAGCAAGCAUAUCACAUUGUCAUCUGGUGUGCAAUUCCUACUUUGUCAAUAAACUUUAAUUCUGAGAAUAAAGCUCUCUAACUCCACUCCGCUCUUGGUUUAAAGUCUGCUCGGGAGUCGAGAGCGCGCAACUGAUUCAUGCAGAACUAGCGUGUAAGAAAGCGAGGCAAAUCUGCCACACUAAGCAGAUAACCUUGUUCCAUCAACAUUAACUUUAAAACGAUUGCUAUUUAGCCAUAUUUUCGGGUCAUUUUGCUCAUUCAAGAAAUUUAGCAUACAGGUCACGUAUAAAAUGGCGGAUAUUUUAGUUUUGUUCUUCUUGUUCAAAUUUAAAGUCCGCUCUGCCUUUGAAUGUGCAUCAAAAUGCUCAUUUUUUCAUACACAUGCUAACUCCAGGACCUCUUCUUUCCUAAAAUGUCUAAUUAUAUAAUAAAGCGAUUUAAAGAGACAUUCUUUCGUCAUUUAUCCAAAGUUCUUUUUGGAAUCACACCGCUUUGUAGACUUUUGACCGUAAAAUGUCAUUCUAACUUUGGGUAAAUCAAAUUAUAUUUCACAUAUAAUGUUUGCCAUAUAACGUAGCUAAGAUCUAUUUAAUAGGCAAAGAUUUGAAGUUCCUGAAUUAGCUUGUUAUUGACCAGAAUGUCAAGCAAACUAACACAGUUUGAACGACGCCAUUUUGUAGCAACCAUGUUUCCUCAGUGGUCCGUUUAAUAAGUAUAAGGUCACCUUGCGCGCUACAAUAACUCACUAUUAGUCUUAGUUCCGAAGGUUCUACAGCACACAACAUGUCCGAAGCAAAGUCUCCCGUUAAAAAGAAGCCAGCUGCGCCCAAAAAGCCAGCCGAGCAUCCACCUUAUUCUGACAUGAUCAAAGCUGCUAUCUUAGCGUUGAAAGAGCGAAACGGUUCUUCCCGCCAAGCCAUCGAGAAGUACAUCAAAGCCAACUACAAGGUUGGUGAGGUCGGCUCGCACUUGAAGAUGGCUUUGAAGAGGGGUGUUACUAGUGGCAAGCUUGUCCACACUAAGGGAGUUGGUGCUUCUGGUUCCUUCAAGGUGGCUAAGGAGGAAAAGAAGGAGAAGAAGCCGAAGAAGAAACCAGCUGCAAAGAAGAAGCCAGCUGCCAAGAAGAAGCCUGCUGCAAAACCAAAGAAGCCCGUUGCCAAGAAGGCAGCAAAGAAACCAGCGGCGAAGAAGACAGCUAAGAAACCCGCCGCCAAAAAGCCAGCAGCGAAGAAACCCGCAGCUAAAAAACCAGCUGCAAAGAAACCUGCGGCCAAAAAACCAGCAGCGAAGAAGCCUGUGGUUAAAAAGCCCGCCAAGAAAGCUGCGAAGAGUUCGAAAUCUCCGAAGAAGGCUGCCAAGAAAUAG